AUGAAUUCUCACGAUCCGAACGACGAUUCCGAUGAUGCCGCUAUUCUCGAUAUUACAGCUGAUGAACAACCAUUAAUAACUAAUCAUAUCGAUGAACCUAAUCCCGUUUUAUCGACACCGAAUGUCGAUACCGUUCUUGUUCCAUCACUUUCUCGUUAUCGUCUAACGAACAUUCUACGUAUUCUUCUUUUCAUUGAAUUUCUGUCAUUAGCGAUCAUUUGGUUCAUAGGCUAUUCAACACAUUCCCUUGUUGAUGAUAUCAUUCAUUACACUUUAACCUCAUCGAUAUUCGAUCUUGUUGCAGUCUCCGUUUUGAAACUUGCAGUUUCAGUUAUUUUACUAACCGAAUUAGAAACAUUCGUCAUCAAGCGGUUGUAUCAUCCAGAUGCACGUUUACUAUUUACUUUUAUCCGGUAUUUCACUACAGUUUUACUUUUAUUGUCCGCAUCCUGUUCCUUAGCAUUUGCGAUUGUCAAAUUAAUAUUCGUCUUACGUGGAUCGAGUUUAAAUACACUUUACCUAUCAACUGUGUAUAUUUUUCUUGUCUUCUCAACGAUUGAAUUCAUCGGAAUGAUUUUAAUGAUACCUUAUUUAUCUCGACUAAAAUUACUUGAGCAGGAACGAUCGACAGUAACCAAGAAAAAAGUCGAUUUAAAACGAUUAAUGACAUUAGCUAAAUCGGAACGGUUAUUUAUAUUCCUUGGUACUGUCUUUCUGCUGGCAUCAAGUGCCACCCAAAUUGUUAUACCAUACUACUUUGGUAAAAUUGUUGAUGAUGCACUAAAAUUCCAAUCGAUGCGUUUGGUCAAUAUCAGUGUGCUAAUUCUAUUCGGUGUUAAUUGUGCUGGUGCAUUAGCUUCGUUCUUUCGUUCAUGGCUAUUCGGAUUAGCUGGACAACGAGUCGUCUUUCGACUUCGUCAGAAUAUAUUUGACGCGAUUACAAAACAAGAAGUCGCCUUCUUUGAUGAUACUCGUACGGGCGAAUUGACGAAUCGAUUAUCCAGUGACACACAGGUUUUGCAGAAUGCUUUAACAGUUAAUAUUUCGAUGCUUCUUCGAUUCGUUCUUCAAAUUCUUGGUAGUCUGGCUGUGAUGUUUUAUUUGGAAGUGACGUUGACACUUGUCUUGAUGGUCGUUGUGCCGAUUAUUGUGCUCGUUGCAAGACAGUAUGGGACAAUUGUACAAAAGUUAAGGAAAAAAUUUCAAGACGAAUUAGCUGCAGCAGGAACAACGGCAGAGGAAUCGAUAUCGAAUAUUCGAACUGUACGCAUAUUUGGCGCAGAGAAGAAGGUUAGCAAUCAAUACUAUGAAAAUUUGCUGAAAACAUACGGAAUCGGAAAGAAACUAGCAUUAAGUGAUGCGACAUUUAUGGGAUUGAUUGGUUUAUUAACGGCUGGUGGUAUAUCUGUUGUACUAUGGUAUGGAGCCAAGUUAGUACACGACCAAAAAUUAACUGCCGGCCUUCUUGCUUCGUUUCUGAUGUACAUGUUGCAAGUUGCCAUAGCGUUUGGCAUGCUAGCGUCGUUAUUCGGAGACUUUAUGCAGGCCGUUGGUGCUAGCGAACGAAUAUUCGAUUUGCUUGAUCGAAAACCAAAAAUAACCUCCGAGACAACUGCAGAUUGCUCGAUUAGACCGACAGAUUUUGAUGGCAACGUUAAGGUUCAGAAUGUUUGUUUUACAUAUCCAACACGUUCCGAUCAACAAGUUCUUCGUGAUGUAUCAUUUGAAAUCAAAUCCGGACAGAAAGUAGCUUUAGUUGGACCAUCGGGUGGUGGCAAAAGCACAAUUGCAUCUUUAAUUGAACGAUUCUAUGAUCCUGAUUCCGGUACUAUCUUAUUCAAUUCACAUCCAUUAACAUCGAUCGAUCCCGAGUGGUUACGCACCAAUGUUUCCUUUGUUAAUCAAGAACCAUCCUUGUUUGCAUGUUCAAUACGAGAUAAUAUUACAUUCGGUCUCCGCAGAACUGAUAUAUCUUUAGAAGAGAUUCAGUCAGUUGCGAAACAAGCGAAUGCACAUGAUUUUAUAGAAGAAUUUGAAAAUAAAUAUGAUACAUUGGUAGGCGAACGAGGUGUUCGUUUAUCUGGUGGUCAACGACAGCGUAUAGCAAUUGCACGAGCCUUACUCAUGAGUCCGAAAUUACUACUACUCGACGAAGCUACAAGUGCGCUAGAUGCCGAAAGUGAACAUUUAGUUCAAGAAGCUAUUGAACGAGCAAUGAUAAACCGAACUGUGCUCGUUAUUGCACAUCGGUUAUCAACUGUACGUAACGCCGAUCUAGUCAUUGUUAUCGAGCAUGGUACAAUUGCUGAACAAGGCACACAUGACACACUUUUGGCGAAAGACGACGGUAUCUACAAGAAAUUGGUUCUCCGUCAAUUGAUGACAGGAAAUGAUUCCAUAACACUGAUCGAAUGA